AUGUCGGAUAAUAUUACGUGGCAGGAAAACUUGAAAAUUAGCUAUCAAAUUCAUGUUUGUGGGGAGUCAAGCUUACGCUACAUUGGUGAACAAAGGUCAGGACAAUACUUUGUGCUUAAAAUAUCUAACAAAGUACUGUUAAAAUGGCGGGAACUGAAGGACACAGUUCAAAAUGUUUCAUACCUUGAUCUGCUAGCUUUGAGUGCAGUAAAAUUACCUAUUUCCGUCAAGCCAGAUGCUGAUAGAGUCGAAGAAUGCAUUAGGACUACAGCGUCAAUAGCGUACCAUCAAAGCAAAGGAUUGCGGGGAUAUAAAAGGGUAAAUUUUCUUGCAAAAACAAGAUCUGUGAAAGUAUUUUUGAAUGAGUUACUUAAUGUCAGCAGUCUUCAAGCACAGUUAAAUAAAUGUGAAGAGGAUAAGAAAGAACUGCAGAACCAACUUUGGGAACUUGAUAACAGGUGUGCUACACUUCUACAAGAGCUUCUGAGUGCAAGAGAUGAAAUCAAUAUUCUAGAAACAGAGGCAGACCAAGCAUUUACAGAAAACAAAGAAUUAACAGAAUAUAUAAAACACAUUGAAGAAUCUUUAACAUGCAGUAAUUGUAGCACAGGUUUGGAAAAUGCAGGACAACCUAUAAAUGAAGUUGGGGAACGUCAAAGGAGACGAAUUGUAAGAGAACUCAAAACCCAGAGUGAAAGAGCAUUAUGGUUCCUAGAAUCAUUUGGAUUUAAGCUUAAUUCUGUUAAGGUAAAAGAUGUGAAUGGGAAAAUAACUGAAAUUGAUUACACAGAAGGUAAUGGUAAAAGGACGUUUGACCAGCUACCAGAUGAGGAAAAGGAUACCAUCAGGGCUAUACUUUACAUUAUGGACACAUACUGUAUUGGGGACUCAGCAUACCAUGAAAUGUCUGUGUUAAUUGAUGGCCUCCCACGGAGCUAUCUAAUCAAGCAGUGCAGAAGUUCAUUAAACUCCAUUUGUCAUAUUUCACGAACACCAGGAAAGAACCCAGGAGCUCAGAUGAGCUUUAAAGAGGAACUUCGAUCUCAAAUCAGGACGAAGGUAUAUCUACUUAAUAGAAGGCGUGUGUAUUUUUGAUAAUAUAUUAAGCAUGAGCAGCUGAGUUCGAGUGAUUUGUAUCUCUGGUAAUAAAAUGGUAUUUAAAUACCAUGUUUUGCAAUGGUUUUACCAUGAUAAUUGACCAAAAUGUAUAUUGACUUGUAGAAAGAAUUAAAGUAUGAAACUCAUUAAUAAUUCAUGCAUUAUUAAUGAGUUUCAUACUUUAAUUCUUUCUACAAGUCAAUAUACAUUUUGGUCAAUUAUCAUGGUAAAACCAUUACAAAAGAUGGUAUUUAAAUACCAUUUUAUUACAUCCUAUAACUCUUAGUCAUUAAUGGCUUCACAUUUUUAUUAUAGAUUGAUUGUGGAGACGUUGGUAAACAGAGAAUUAGGAUAGCUGGUGAUGGUGCGAAAAUGUCAAGGAUAGCAAAUUUUAUUGUUCUUUCUUUCGCUGUGCUUUCCGAUGAAGAAAGUGUAAUGUCUUGGAAAGGUAAUACUUUAAUUGUAUAAUAUGUAACAAGAUGUGUAUACUGACUGCUCAUUUUCCAUGUACAAUUGCAAACCAGAAUCAGUUUUUUUCCCAUUGAGAUAUACAUAUUGUAUGCAUGAUCCUUGUAGGCAACCAUAUCCUGGGUGUUGUUUGCGGCCAAGAAGAUUAUGACACACUAAGAGUCUCAUUCAAAGAACUCUUUAAAGAAAUAAAUAAAGUCAUUGAAAUGGGUAAAAUUGAAGUUGAUGGUCAUGAGAUACCUUUGGAAUUUUAUCUGUCUGGCGAUUACAAGGUACGGUACAUAAAAGCUAGGAUAUAAAACUAUUGGCACCGGCACUUUAAAAUCUAUCAGCAACUUCUGAACUUCAGUACAUGUGUACAGUAUAUUGUUAAGGCCUGGGCAUCACAAUGCAGUAAAUUGGGCAAGCUGAUCAUCUGAAUCCCUGUUGACUGAUUUCAUUAUAUUUUUAACUUUUUUUUAGUUCCUACUCCUUAUUCUUGGUAUGAACAGUGCCAUAUCAGAUUAUGCGUGCAUUUAUUGCACAAUUCACAAGAAGGACAGGUAUUUAAAUCACAAUGCAGUAAAUUGGGCAAGCUGAUCAUCUGAAUCCCUGUUGACUGAUUUCAUUAUAUUUUUAACUUUUUUUUAGUUCCUACUCCUUAUUCUUGGUAUGAACAGUGCCAUAUCAGAUUAUGCGUGCAUUUAUUGCACAAUUCACAAGAAGGACAGGUACACUACUGUACAUCUAGACUCUACUUCCAUUUCUGUGUGUUCAGUUGUUAACAUAUGCAUGCUGAUAUAUAACAUGCAGAUCUUUAAAAAUCAUAAUUAUUUUAAUUGCAUGUCAAAUGUAGAUGGGAUAUGUCAAAGUCAGAAGACUAUUACCUAAGUGAUGAUAACAAAAGGAUCCUUCAUGACAACGAACAUAUGGUAAAUUCCACCAACAAAUUUGGUUGUGUAAGGAAGCCGUUGCUGAACAUACCAAUUACAAAUGUCAGAAUAGAUGAACUUCAUCUGCUUCUCCGAAUCACAGGUUUGAGAUUUUACAAUAUAUACCCGUAUGGUUUUACAUGUACAAAACAAAAUAAGAUCUAGUGGCUGAUGAUGAUGAAGAGGUCAAUUUUGCCAAAUAGAUGCUUAAACCUGGCAGCUCAUGCUUAAUUGUAAUAUUUUCCUUUUACGUCUAUAGAUAUCCUAGAGAGGAACAUCAUAAAUGAUGCUAUCGAACGUGAUGUGAAAGAUAACCUUAACAGAGCCCCGUCAGACAGGAAAAAUCAACAUGCCCAAAAUGUUGUUGAUGCCAUCAACGCAUGUGGAGUUAGUUUUAGUGUCUGGGAGAAAAAAGAUGCUAAUGGAAAAACAAGUGGUAUAUAUGAUUGGACCAGUAUGGUUGGCAACGAAAAGAAGAAGGUUCUUGCUAAUCUUCCAGCUCAGUUUCCAAAUUUUCUUGACGAACAUUUUUCUGGAACAAUUUCUCAAAUAUGGCAGGUUCAGUAACAGUUUUUUUUUGAACUGGUUCCAUAAAGCCCAUAUUUUCAACCUAAAGAAAGAGUGCUGCAUUGUUGCAAUGUACUCAGGUUAUUGUGGUUAGGGUUGAAACUGUUCAAAUUUUAUUCUGUAUAUAUAACAAGAGUACAUUUGAUUGGUUGACAAGUCAAACUAGUAUGUAUAUGCUAUGGGCAGUAUUUUAUUAGGAUUACUUCUAAAGUGCAAGAAAACACAGAACUAUUUGAAUUUCAUUUUUUUGUUUUCAUUUUUGAAGAAAUUUCAUGAAUUAUACCAAAUUCUGUCCUCAUGGAAACCAUCAGAAGAUGAAAUAGAUGGAUUCUUUAGAAAGGUAAAAAUCAAGUCUUUAUUUUUUGUACCUCCUCUUGUUUGAUGUUAAGGCAUCAAUAUACAGUAUCGUCAGUAUAAUAUAUUGUCAUAUAUCAUAUAACAUUAUUUGUGUGUUUCAUACUCCUAUAAAUAAAUAUAUUUCUUAUAAAUAUAUACAUAUUUAAUAGGCAAAGGAUUGGAUCGAGCUAUUUCUUUCCCUCGGAGGAAAGGUAUGUGGGUAUGAGAAAGCCAGAAUAACUGUCAUAUAUCAUAUAAAAUUAUUUGUGUGUUUCAUACUCCUAUAAAUAAAUAUAUUUCUUAUAAAUAUAUACAUAUUUAAUAGGCAAAGGAUUGGAUCGAGCUAUUUCUUUCCCUCGGAGGAAAGGUAUGUGGGUAUGAGAAAGCCAGAAUAACGCCAUAUAUGCAUAUCUUGGUUUAUCACAUACCCAAAUUUCUUAAAAAUGAUAAAUCUAUUAAGCAAUUCACUGGACAGGGAAUUGAAAAAAUAAAUGAUGUAGUACGAUCAAUUUAUCACAACAAAAGUAACAGACACGAUGCGUGCAAAGAAGCGGUACAGGCCCUGAAAAGGAUUGACAACCUCCAGAAUUUUGAAAGAGUGCCACACCAAUACACGAAGAAAAACACCGAGUAUUGGACGAAAGAAAUAUUCGAACAAAGAAGGAAAAGGCCCCGUUUGUGUGUCGAUCCACGGGAGGAUGAUGGAAUACCACCACUCACUCAAGAUGACAUCGAUAAAAUGAGCCUAUGUGAGAUAAAAGAUAAACUAAAGGAACUCAAUGUGAAAACAAAACUGAGGAGCCUUGUUAAACUGAAGGAACUUUUAAAAAAUGCCAUUAGUUUAAGUUGAAGUUAGUAUUCAUACAUUGUAGCUACCUUGUCAUCUGGCGCACCGGAAGAUCGAUAAUUCUUCCGAUCUGAACGUUUUUACAUAUUUGUGUUAUGCCCAAUUGAUUUCUUUUUAAAUUGAGAUUAAGAUUUUAAAAUCAAUUAUUUUUACAGUCUGUUAACAAGAAUAUAUGAAUAUCUGUCCCCCUCCAAUUAUCGAUCUUCCGGUCCCCCUGCUUUUCAUUAUUACAAAUGUAGUUGAAUCAAUACUAGUUGAAAAAACGUUAAAUACCGGGUGUCCCAAAAAAAACUAUACCCUGUUUGAUUUCAUAUAGUGUAAAAACUAUAAAAGCUAUCGAGCUGAGAUGAACUCCACUACACGCAGGAAGGGCUAACUUAGAUUUUGAUAUAUAACAUUAAAUUUUCCAUGCCAUAUUGACCAAAAUACAAGUGUUUGAAUUUACGAGGAGUUUUCAAAAUUGUUGUCAAAACGAUAAAAAUCACUGCAUCAGACUGAGCUGAAAGCAAUUACCGCUUAAGAUGGAAUCUUUAAUUUCAGCGAUUUUAUCUUCAAUUCUCUGUCAUUCCUUUGAUAUUCACUUUUAAAACAUAUAAAUUUCAAUUAAAGUUGAUUCUUAUGAAUGAAACGAAUAAAACGAGUUCACAUUAAAAGAAAGUUUCGUUGAAUUUGAUAUGCUGUUUUAUGCUAAUUUUUCAACUUUGCAGAAGUGGUAGUUUAACGUUAAAACGUUAAUAAUAUCACUAAAUAUAUCGUAUAUAUCAAAAUCUAAGUUAAUCCUUUCUGAAUACAAUGCUUUUUAUUUAGGAGUGAUAGCGUUUAUAGGUUUUACGCUAUAUGAAAUCAAACGGGGUAUAGUUUUUUUUUGGGACACCCGGUACAAUUAUGCAUUUCUCAACCAUGAAUGAAGCAUUAUAUGUUCCUACUAAAGAGCCACUUGAGAAAAUCUUGACUAAUAUCUAUAUGUAUGUCAACACUAUGCAAAAUAUAAAACCUGUUGUAAAUGUAGGUUGCAUACUUAUCUGCUAUUGAACAUACUGUAAUUGUUCAAAUAGCAUGCUGAAUGCUUCAGGUAACCACCUCAACAUGUCCAUGGCCACAGCACAAGUGUGUUGCACCAUCAUGUAUAACAUUAACAGCAAUACAAGAGUUUUUCUUUUGCCAUCAAUGCAUCCUUUAAAGUGUCUCAGCACAACAUGCUUGUCUUGCAAUAUGAACUCUAAGUUUUUCAAUUGGCAGUCUUGCCUUCUGUUUGAGGUCUCCAUUUUCAAAACAGAAUUGUUUUGGUGUCCACGAUAAAAUGGGUUUCAUUUUUAUGGGAAAGCUAAUGGCUCUGCCUUCACCAUUUUUAUCCAGAUAAUACCACCACGUUCUGGGCAAAGAUAGGCGACAGAAACCUGCAUUUUCAUACAAUGUAUACCCUUUGUGUUGUGAUGGAGUUCCCUUGUCUUUCCACAACCAUCUUUGUACAUCAAGGUCAAUAUAUACAUCCACUGGAGCACUAGAUUUUCCCUUAAGGGUCCUUGCUAUUGCUUCAUAGAAAUUUCGACUGCCUUGUUCAAUUCGCUGAUCUGAAAUUUGCGGGUUUUCAUAGCUCCUGAAUAAACAAGUAAACAAAAUUACUAUACUAUAUACGAGACUCAAUCAAAAUGGCUUAUUGCAUUUUUAAUCCACACACCCCCUAUGGAGGACAUCCAUUUUUUGGACCCCCUCCCCUGGAAUUCCGCAGAUGUUGAUGAAUUUCUGCCCUACCCCCUGGAAUUCCGCGAUUUUUUACAAAUUUCCAGCCUACCCCAUGGAAUUUCCACAGAUUUUUAACAAAUUUCUACUCAUCCCUUGGAAAUUCCACCAAUGGUUUUGACCUAGUCUCUGGAAUUUCCACAUUUUUUGUUUAAUAGGUAACCAUCCCUUGGAAUUUCCAUGUUGUUUUUUUAACCUACCCCGUGGAAUUUCCACAGAUUUUCUUUAAAAUUUAGACUCUCCCUUGGAAAUUCCGUCUUUUUUUGUUGAAUUUUAGGAAGGGGGGCCUGGAAAUUCCAGUAUCCUCCAUAGGGGGUGUGUGGUUUAAAAAUGCAAUAAGCCAAUACAAGAGUUAAACACAAAUAAUGAAAUAAAAAGACGAAAACAUUUACCUCAGAAGCGCUGGAGUCAAAUGAUCAGCAGGUUCCCAGCUACAUUCAUGGAAUGGCCACCCAGCCCAUUUAAUCAAAUACUCCCAACUCUGAUAAAAUAAAAAUAAGAGAGCUGAAGUUGUCAUUUUAACACUCAAGACAGUACCUGCAUGGCACUGAUCGUAGUGAUCGAUGGCUGCAAUGCGAAACAAACUUUAAAAAAUGUACUUGAAAUACUCACAUUUCCUGUUUUUCGUCGCUCAAUAAUCCUUUCAACCGGAAAAAACUUUCCUUUCGGCUUUCUCCCAGUGUCGUACAAAACAACAGACGACAGAUCAUUCAAGCUUGCAUAGUCGACAUUUCUGCCAACCCUUCUGACGGACGCCAUGUUAGUUUGUGUUCGCACUUCGCAAGCCAUGAACAUUAGGGGAUCGAAAGGGAUAUUGGUGUUGUUCUAGGCAAUCGAUGUCCUGGGUUUCAAUGUCCGGAAUUUCUGGCUAUGAAAUAUUUCUACUCUGUGCCGUAUUCAAACACAACCUUGUACUCAGCACGUAUGUCGUCAUUUUCAGGUCAGUGUGAACGCCUGAGCAGGCGUCUUGUUUGCAUGAAAUAGGGCCUGACACAAAACCUGUCUAGACCGUGGGACGCCCACAUGUUAUUUUUAGACACAACAUGCAAUAUGAUGACAAGUUUUGUAGAUUUCGUUGGGUUGGGAUAAAACGCGGAACCGGAAUGCGAAUUGCGGAAGCGGAUUGCGGAAGCGGAUUCCGUAAGCGGAUUCCGCAAAUGAGGAUAAAACGCGGAUUCCGUAAGCGGAUUCCGCAAAUGAGAAUAAAACGCGGAAUUGAAGCAUAAUAAGGACGAGAAGCAUAAUAGGGUAAAUUAAGUUUGAUCAUAACAUUAACUUAAUGCCACAACCACUGAAAAAUUUACCUGACAAAAUUUUCCCUUUAUUAAUUUUAACUGCAUUCAAACGAAUUACAUGUAACCCAAAUAUGUUAAAAAUCCAAUAUUCAGUACAAUUGUUUUUAAAAAUAAAGAAAUACGGUCAGUCUUCGUAUGUUUCCUACUGAAUAUUCUGCAGUAUAUUUUAAACACCAAAAUAUAAUUAUACGAAACCGGUUCAAAAGGUCUAAGAAGUGUGCAAAUUAAACAUUUAUUAAUUUUAAUUUGCACGAUUCGUUCGCUGAAAAUUCAAGAACUAAAAUGUUUAUUUUUUGUGUAUAGUAAAUACAUGCGCUAUCAGUCGAGUUUAUAUCCGUAGUUUAGCUCCUGCGCUGCCGGCAACAGCCACUUAUAAAUUCAGUUUGUCUUUCUCUUCAUGCAUUGUGCAUUACGCGCACAAUAGUUCUUUGCACUCGUACGCUUUUUCUUUUCGUGGAAUUUUAGUAUAAAUCCAUGAAAAUUGUGAUGAUUUAUGGCGAAAUUUCAUUCGGCGGCGGAAAACUGUCAUAUUUCUGAUUUCCUGUCGGAUGUGUUGUGCAUGUUUCGCAUUACAUACAGGCAUGACGAUUUCAGAUUUUUUAUUUACUUAGCCUAGACUAUUCAUCUUUACAACAAUUGAGAUAUUACUCUUCUAACUAUAAAAAAUACAAAACAAGUGAAACUCCAAAAAUCGAUAACAUAUAUAUUUAUCUACGUUUCGACUAUAUUUCAGUCAUCACCAGGAUAAACUAGCUAUAGGUUAUACUGACUUAUACAUCAAAAACAGUAUUUAUAUGAAGAAACAUGAUACAAUCAUUAGGUUGAUUAUUAAUGAAUUAAUUAAAUAUGAUUAGUUCUUUAGAAGCUUUAAGUGCAUGAUUAGGUUCAGACUAACCCUCCCUGCCAACUUGCCCUGUGAGAUGAAACUGGAAUACCCGAAAGAAAACCCACGACUUGCUGCAGAGUGUUGACAGACUCUUUUCAUAUGAGUCCGUAACAAGAAUCGAACCCACGAUCUCAGAGUUGUAUGAAAGGCGCUUGCUCUGACACCUGCGCCAUCAAAGCCCGAAUAUUACUAGCAUUGUUUAAACAAAGAAACUCAGAUAAAAAUUAAGACGCUCUUGAUAAAUACGAUUUUCCACCUCCCUCCAUAAUUUUGAGAUAUAGUCCAAAAAAGUCACAGUCCCCCCCCACACACACACUAAUGCAUGCAUGCAAGACUUCAACAGUUAGGCCAAGGGUAACUAGGUAACUUUAGCCAAUCGUUUUUUAGUGGUUGUGACCUUAAAAAGUGAUAAUUUAUGUUUUUUAUACGCUAUUCUGCUUCUCGUUCUUAUAACGCAAUUCCGCGUUUUAUCCUCAUUUGCGGAAUCCCCGUUUUAUCCUCAAAUGCGGAAUCCGCUUCCGGAAUCCGCAUUCCGGGUCCGCGUUUUAUCCCAACCCAGAUUUCGUUGCACAAAAAAAUUAUAUUCUCAUUAACAUAUCCGCAGAGUGUGCAUUUUGCUUUUUAAUUAAACUUAAAAAUUCAAGGUACUUUUAUAUAAUUAAGAGUCAGUUUCUCUAUUUAACCGAACUAAUUUAAUUAAAAUUAGUCAGUUCUGUGCACGGCUUGACUGCCAAACUUUCUCAAGGUCUCAACUUGCUGGACGCUGAUAUACUCUAACGACUAACGGGCUAACAACAGCAACAAUGAAAUUCUCAAUCGUACCACGAAGAAGGCGAUGUAGCUCAGAAAACAACACCGGUAGGACCUGAUAUUAAAAAUAAGACUUUUGCCGGCGAAACCAUUUGACAGAACAUCUUGGCUGUCAACAACAAGGUUUCUAAUACAUGACUAGUUUGGCUGUUCUUUCAGCGUCGUGUGUCCAAAAUUCCUCAAAGAUUUUGAUGAAGCCCGUUCAAAAUACUAUUUGUUUGAUUUAUUUUAUGCCAUAAAGCAUAUAAAAGAAAAUAAAUUCGAAGAAGUCGAUAAUGGAAUUUGUUACGUGCGUUUGACCUUUAUAUUAAUUGUCGCCUUGAACCCUUGACCGAGCUAUUUUUAAAACUGUCGUUUAUGCGAACUUGCAACCAAUCAAAAUCCUUCAUGAUGCUGAUCAACCAAUCAGAUUUCCCGUCCACCAGAUGGACGGGAAUCCCACAGUUUAGAUAGGUUUUGUGUCAGGCCCUAUUGAUCUGUGAUUAGGGCCUGAACUUCAGGUUAUACCAAACGCGGAACCUCACAUAUGUAUAGGGAUCGAUUGCAGAUGUUAAAUCUUCUCCCGUUGACAUACGACAGUGAGAUCAAGGAUUUGACAUAUUUCUUAAAAUUGCUAAACGGACUUUACGAUUUUGUGUCGUUUGUUAGUCAUAAUCACACUCGUAACUGUGAAAAUCCUCCUCUCGUACUUAAAGUUCCGUCGUGUAAAAUUGAAGUGCUUUCCAGUCGACUUUCUUUAACCGUAUUGUCCCUCUCUGGAAUUGUGUGUGUAAAAUAGCUUGUCCUGCAGACCUUCGCAGUCUAACUAUGUUUACUGAAAUCUUUUUUUUUCAAGAACAUACGUAUACGGUUGCUUGUUACGUGAUGUUACUCCGAGUGUGUAUCCACACCGGGCAAGCUUGAAAAAUAUGCACGGCCACGUUGGGAAUCGAACCUACAACCUUUGGAAUACUAGCCCAAUGCUCUGCCAACUGAGCUACGCGGUCAGGUCGGUUCGAGAUGCGAUAUUUCGGAACUGAGUCUAGUUCCUUCGAUAUCAGUGUAAUCUAAUAAUCAUGAUAUUUGUUGUGUUGGUGUAGUGUAGCUCAGUUGGCAGAGCAUUGGGCUAGUAUUCCAAAGGUCGUAAGUUCGAUUCCCACCGUGGCCGGGUAUAUUUUUCAAGCUUGCCCGGGCAUAUUUUUCUAACGCCGCGAUCAGAAGUGACUGAUCACUGUGACCACAUGGCCAUUUAUUCUUUCAGUAAUUUAUUUUGGUUGUUUUGUCCUUUGCAAUUUCUUUUAUAAUAGUGACUUUCUCGGCUUCUAUUAAGUCUUUCCUACGUCCCAUAUUGCCGGAUGAUUUAUGAAACUAAUACCGUGGACCACCUCUGUUGUAGAAGAACCCCUGGAUUUUGUAAUCACGUGACUAAUAUGAAAUGUAAACGUUGCAACGAUGUUUGCACCACAAACAAAAAACGUUUCACGUGUAUUUAUGUUUUACCCUCCUAAUUCGAAGACAUAAUUAAAAUGCCCAAAUCUCAUACAUAACUAAUAUCGUCGUUCGCAGUGUAUAUAUAUAUAUAUAUAUAUAUAUAUAUUCAAUGACAUUAAAUAUGAGAAUGAAACUGAACUUUCUAAGCAUGUUUGGAAACUAAAACUAAAUAGAAAACAAUUUAAUAUCAAGUGGUCCAUCUUAUCCCGAGCAAGUUCAAUCAAAGCCGGUGGAAAUAGUUGCAAUUUACGUUGAAAGACCAUAAAGACAACUUCGAAUCGAACCCCAAAUGCCGAUUAAUCAACCCAGCCAAAAGCGAACUUGGUAAAGUAAGCAAAGUUAUACUGGAUUCCAUCAAUUAAGAAAUCAGAUCAACCACCAACGCAAACCAAUGGAGAAAUUCCCAAUCUGUAAUCAAAUGGUUCAAAGACAUCGAACAGAAAUCUCAGUAUAACUUUGUUUCUUUUGAUAUCGUCGACUACUACCCUUCCAUCAGUGAAGAACUCCUCGAUAAAGCCAUCGCUUGGGCCAAAACUAUUAUUAAUAUUACUGACGAACAUGUUUCAAUCAUCAAACACGCCCAGUCCUACAACAUUUGACGUCACCAUGGGGAGCUUUGACGGUGCGGAAAUUUGCGAACUUGUUGGUUUGUAUGCAUUAAACAAACUAAGGGCGAGAUUUGACAGCAAUAACAUCGGAUUGUACAGAGAUGACGGAAAAAAUCAUAAAAAAUAUGCAAUAAAACAUUCCUCACAGCCCCAUUGGGAAAGUUUUCAAUUUCUGCGGAAUAAAGUGAAUGUUGAAAUGCGAAAUGUAAAAUCAAAAUAUUUUCAUGAUAAAAUCACUGAUUGCUCUGUAAUGAAUGACCCUAAAAAGACUUGGAAAUUAAUUAAUUCAUUAUUGGGAAAGAAUAACAAAUCCAACAAUGUGAAUGAGCUGCUGGUUGACAGCACGUUAGUUUCGGAUCCUAAAUCUAUUGCAGAUGCAUUUAAUGACUAUUUCAUUAGUAUUGGGUCGAGGCUAGCAGCAGAAUAUGUAGACGAGUCCUGUAGUAAUGUUGAUAAUCAGCCCAUAAACUAUAAUAUUAAUCAAUCCUCAGAUACUUUUUUUAAAGUAUCUCCAAUAUCCGUUGAUAGUGUUGCCUCGACCCUAAGAGGCCUAAAAGCAUGUAAAGCAACAGGUCUUGAUAAAAUUCCUGCUAAAAUUCUAAAAUUAUCUGCAAACAUAAUUGCACCCUCGUUGACAUUCAUCUUCAAUCUGUCGCUUGCAACGGGCGUAUAUAUAGAUGAAUGGAAGCGUGCUCGUGUUACGCCAAUAUUUAAAUCCGGGGAUAAAAGACAAUGUGAGAACUAUCGGCCUAUUUCAAUUUUACCGGUGGUGAGUAAAGCCUUUGAGAAGGAAGUUUUCCGUCAAGUAUAUAGAUACUUGUCUGAAAGCUCUCUUCUGUCAAAGUUUCAAUCUGGAUUUCGUCCAAAGCAUUCAACUGUAACUGCCCUCAUCCAAAUGUGUGAUGAGUGGCUAGAAAAUAUGGACAAUGGAAAGUUAAAUGGGGUUGUGUUCAUAGAUAUAAAAAAGGCAUUUGACUCUAUAAACCAUCGCAUUUUGUUAAAUAAAAUGAAUGAGCAAUUUGGAAUUUUUGGCGUAGAAUUAAAAUGGUUUGAGUCAUAUUUAACAAAUAGAGAACAGCAAUGUAAUGUUAAUGGAGAAUUAUCUAGUAAUAGAAUUAUCACCUGUGGAGUGCCCCAGGGAUCUAUACUGGGACCACUGCUGUUCCUAUUAUAUAUUAAUGAUUUGCCAGAUUGUUUGAAAUCAACUAAUCCAUGCAUGUACGCGGAUGAUACUCAAAUCUUUUCAUCUUCCUACGAUGCAAACGAACUUGUUGUAAAUUUAAAUUCAGAUCUUGCCCAUGUCUGUAACUGGCUUAAAGAAAAUAGGCUGCAGAUGCAUCCAUCAAAAUGUAAAAUGAUGUUUAUUGGCUCCCCGUAUAAUCUUAAUAAUAUAAUGUGUGAGGAACCCGUUGUGGCUAAUGCAAAACCCAUAUCACGAAUUGCUACACAAAUGUGCCUAGGAGUAAAACUAGAUGAAACCCUUAAUUGGGAUAGUCACAUUGAAAUGAUGCAUACCUUAGAAUCGAUUAAUAAAAGUCUUGUGCAGCCCUACUUUGAUUAUUGUUACCCCCUUUGGGAUACUUGUGGUAAGUUGCUAAGAGACAAGUUGCAAAGAUUUCAGUCUCGUGCAGCAAGAGUCCUAACGGGUGCUAAUUAUGAUACUCGCUCAGCUGAUCUUCUCAACAUGCUUUCUUGGGAUACACUUGAAAAUAUGCGGUCUGGUGCCAAGUCAGUAUUAAUGUAUAAAAUACUUAACGACCACACUGCGCCAGGUCUCCGGGGGUCAUUCGUGAGAAGAGAAAUAGAUCAAACUAAUUAUCAUCUUCGAAACACAGCAACUGAUCUAACAAUUCCUAAACCGAAACGAGAAUUUCUUAAAAAAAGUUUUAAAUAUAGCAGCGCUAUGCUCUGGAAUCAACUCCCAAACGAGGCAAAAUUGGCCGAGUCGCCUCAUUCGUUUAAAUCAAUUGUUGGACAGCGACAUGCUUCCUAAUUAUUUGUAUAUGGUAACGUGUACAGUAUGUGUGUACUAAUAUUUAGUUUAAAUUUUCCUUUUAAUGAUUUUCAAGAUCUAAACACGCCCCCCAUGGAAACCAGCCUAGAGUUGAUGGGACUAGCGUGUUCUUCUUUCUGUUAGCCUGCGAACAGGCCCUGGGUUGCGGGCGGCGCGAAGAAUAGAGGGCCUGCACGGAUGAUAGGUUUUCUUGGUAGUGGCGUUCGUAUAGAAACGCAGGCUUCUGAUUGGCUUACACUCGUUGACAAAAUUACUAAAAAUAGCAAAUGUCAACAACAGCAUUUUGAAGAAUUUGAACUUUAUUCAUUUUAAUAUUAUAUAUUAUGGGACUAUCGAACAAAUAAAACUAGAAAUGGAAACCAAAAGCAAUAGCAAAGCAUCACAGCAAAAAAGUCUAUCAUAAAUGACUUGAAUCUAUCGCUUAAAUCCAAUAUACGAAACUAUAACAGUAUUCUGAACUUCGUCUUCGGAUUGACAUCAGACCAUAGUAUAUAGUACAUUUUGAGGUCGUCGUGGCUUCACGGAUUAUUCUCAUUAGUGAGCAAGUCAGCAAGCGAAGGCAUACAAAAGAUACCCAAAUAUGUACGAAUAAUUAUAUUGUCGAUCCUCGCUGGCAUGUCAUUUAGAUAAAUAUAUAUCGUACAUUAAACGUACUGUUUACUGUAUAUUAACUGCUGACAAUUUCGUCGUCGAUACGGCUUCCACUAUUGGCACACUCGUGAUUUCGAAGAAAUUAAUAAAUACAUGCUCAUUUAUCAUGUAUUUAGACCACAGUUAGUAAAAUUUUAAACGUAUUCGGUAUUCCAAAUCCCAAUCUAUCUGACCGUAUUUUAGUAAUAGCUUCAAAAUAUUCAGAACAUUGUUCUUUCAGUCGCACAUAGUACAAGUAUUACUGUACAUUCAAAGCCAACGGUAGUAUUUUAUUCGGCUUUAUAUUUGUAUGUGUAUUGAUAUCUAUUUAAUAUUUGAAUUCUAUGCCUUUCCGAGUAAUAUAUUGUGCGGCUAAUGUUUUGUAUUAUUGUUCAUGUUGCACAAUGUACACGCCUUGCGUCAAUUUGACAGUUGACAGUUUAUUUAUCGCAGUCGACGCUGAUUGGUUCGCGUUUAGCAGAUGCGAAAAGGGGUGGAAUGAAUAAAACGCAUGGUUCCGUGCAGGCUCACCUUUCUCCCAGUGAGCCUGUUCGCAGGCUAUUCAUUACACAGUUAUGUAGAUCACCUCACUUGUUUAUGACUCUUGUCAGGGGUAAUAACCUCGUACCCAGGUGGCCGUGGCACCAGAGCACGAGAGCAAAUAGCCUGGGUAUGA